UGUAGUUUAAAAAAAGCCCACCUUUGUAGCCCAAACAGUCUAGUGUCGGGGAAACAGCUGUCCGAACUCGAAUCCCGCCUCCUCGUCGUCGUCGUCGUCGUCCGCCGCAACUUUCAAAUUUCAGUGAUGUCUACUGCAAGGGUGUUUAGGGGCACUAGGGUUUUACUCGAGGCAGCCAAGGCUGCCACCAAACACUCGUCGUCGUCCUCGACCUCCUCCUCCGCCGCAACUGCUGCAGCGACUGCUAAGAAGAAGCCACCAACUGGCGCAACCACCAAAGCUGCUGCUUCUCGCUCCAAGUCAACCACUGCAGCGGCUAAACCGAAGCCGAAUGCGAAGCCGAAGACGAAGCCGGUGAAGCAACCCCGGGCUCCUCCGAGUCCCAACUCUGGGGUUUUUAAAUUGACUCCUGUCUCUCCUGCUCUCAAUGACUUCCUCGGCGUCUCCGAAUCCUCCCGCUCCGAUGCAGUCAAGAAAGUCUGGGAGCACAUCAAACAUAACAAUCUCCAGAACCCUGCAAAUAAGAGAGAGAUUUACUGUGAUGACAAGCUCAAGACACUGUUUGAAGGAAGAGAGAAAGUUGGGAUGCUGGAGAUUGCAAGGAUACUCUCUGGACAUUUUGUGAAGACUGGCUAACUGCAAAUGGAUUUACUAAACCAUUGGGAUGACAGUGCAGUUUUUACUUUUUAGUUAUUAACUUGUGGCUUGUGGAUCUGCCCCCUUUAGGAUAGCACGAUAUGUGUUGUUUGACAUUUCGGAUGAAACUUGUGACUUGAAUCUUUAUGCUACUCAUCCUGUGUAUUCUAUCCCGGAACAACUCGGUGCUUCACUGUCUUCUUAAUAUUGUUCUCCAUGUUUACAAAUUUGUUUUCUUGACAAUGAUGCGAUUGCUGUUCAUGGAUA